AUGGAAGAUUUUGCAGAUCAAAUUGCACAACUUUGUUUAGAAAAAUAUAAUAAGCUUAGUAAAAAUGGUAAACCAUUAGAGAAAGAAUGGACUGUGUUAUCAGGUAUAAUAUUAAAAAAAAAGGACAGUUCACUUAAUUUAGUAGCCCUUGCUACAGGAACAAAGUGCUUAGGAAAAUCAGAUUUGUUAAAUACAAAAAUAUACGAACAAGGUUGUAGAUUAAACGACUCUCAUGCAGAAGUUCUUGUCAGACGUGCGUUUCUAAGAUACUUAUACGAGCAAAUCGAUUUCUUACUCAGUGAUUUUAAAAGUGAUAUUUUUACAAUAGACGACAAGAAAAAAAUUAAACUACACGAUGGAAUAUCGUUCCAUUUAUUUACGAGUCAAACUCCCUGUGGAGAUUGUUCUAUAUUUUUGAAAAAAGAAUUCUAUGAAGAUGAUAUACCUCCAACGAAAAUUAGGAAAUGUGAUUAUAAUAACGGAAUGGAGAUAGUAGAAUCAAAUAAUAAUAGAAAAGAAAAACGCUUAAUUAAAGAUAUAUAUAGAACCGGUGCAAAAUGUGUUAAAUCUGAGAAAUAUCAAGAUCCUCAUUUGCCCGGAAUAAACUACCACGUAGUUGGACCACUACGUACUAAGCCAGGAAGAGGAAAUCCUACUCUUAGUUUAUCUUGUUCAGAUAAAAUAGCAAAAUGGAAUUUACUUGGAGUACAAGGAUCGCUUUUAUCGAUAUUAAUACCGCCAAUAAAAAUAGAAACUAUUAUAGUUGGAGGAAAUUGUCCUUUUUCACUAGAGGCAAUGGAACGUGGAUUGUACAAACGAUUCAAUGAAAAAACGUGUGAACUAAAAAUUAUACAAAGUAAAUUUUCUUUUAAUCAACAAAAAAAUUCCGAGAGAAAACACCCAUGUCCAUCAAGUAUAAUAUGGUGUGCUGUAACAAACUGUGAUACUGAGGUAGCAGUUGAGGGUAGAAAACAAGGAGCUACAAAGAAAAAAAAAGGUAGUAAUUUGCUUAUAACGAGACGUGCUCUCUUUGAAACGUUUUUACAAACAUGUGAUAAAUAUCAACAUUCUGAUUGCAACAUAAGACAUCCUAAAAGGAUUACCUAUUUGGAUUGCAAAAUGUGGUCGAAAAAUUAUCAAAGCUUGUGGAAUACUUUAAAAUCAGAUUCUUUUCAUACUUGGCCUUCUAAGCCAAUUCAUUUACAAACAUUUGUACUGUAGAAUAUUUGAUAUUUUUUAAUAUACAAAUAUAUAUUUUUUAAAUCAAAAUAAAUAUAUAAAAAAAUAAAUACAAUAAUAUUUUAUAAUGUU